GCACAAGUUAAGCCACGACUACACUCUGCGAAACGCGUGCUGGCAUGUGACGCGUCUGUCGUUACCCAUUUGUCAUUUAUGACAAGUGUCAGUUGUCGCUGUGGAUUUGCCGCCAACAGCACCGCACGGCUGCUCUCCUCGGAUACUUUGCAUCUUCCUUAAUUAUUAAGUGUUGUCAUUUCCGGAUUUCCGCAUUCCUCGUUGCGACAGGUCUGACGGAUUGGAAUCAGGGUGUUUUAAUUGAAAGUGAACUUUGCGUAAGUUGUUUCUGGAAGACGUUAUUGCGUUCCCAGCAGCAAAUAACAUUAGCUUUGCUCCACAGUUAAGGUGUGAACAUUUCCUUUAUGAUUGUGAACUUAAUUUAAUUCUGUUCCGCUAGUGUAAUUUAAUAAGCGAGAAGAUCGUUCGCUAUUCUAGCAUGGUUCGUCAUAACUGCGCUAAAAGAGGAUCGGUUUUCUCGAUUUAAAAGGACUAACUCCGCGCACUACCGCGCUGGUAUCUGGAUAGAUAUUUAAUGCCCCAGAUACCGAGGCAUUAGAGUGGUCGAGCGGAGAAAAGCCUUAAUAAUUGUGGACAUGUAAGUUGAUAACCCGGGCUGAUAAGAUUAAAAUGUCAAAAUUAUUUACGCAGUGUGUAGUGCAGUGAUUCUGUAGUGUCUUCGAACGACGACCACCAACAUGAAAACUCUCACCCCAUCUCCGAGGAGCUCUUCAGGCCUUCUCGUGCUGACGUCCUGGGUCCUCAUCCUACUCGAGCUGUGCACAGUGUUUUCCGGGGGAGAGGCGGCCCAUGCAGUUAAAAGAUUCACAGGAUUAUACACCGGGCCAUACUUUGAUCCCACAACGACCACCAACAUAACGACACAAUUGGGAACGCACGCAUACCUCCCUUGUAAAGUAAAACAGCUGGGCAACAAAUCCGUGUCGUGGAUCAGAAGAAGAGACGCUCAUAUUCUCACCGUAGAUAGGUAUACCUUCAUCGCCGACGAUCGUUUCCAGGCUUUUCUAGUGGAAGCCACCGACACCUGGACGCUACAAGUCAAGUACGUGCAACCCAGGGACGCCGGACAGUAUGAGUGUCAAGUCAGCACCGAACCCAAAAUGAGCCACUUCAUCACCCUGAACGUCGUGGUUCCUAAAAUUGAAAUAUCGGGGGAGUCCGACAUUUAUGUGAAGACCGGAAGCACCGUAAGUCUCAGAUGCGUGAUCACCCAGUCUUUGGAAGAACCAGCUUACAUCUUUUGGUAUCACGACGGCGAACGCGUCCUGAAAUAUGAUCGCAGUGCAAUUGAUAUACGCACAGAUCGUGUGGGAACAGACACCACAGUGAGCACACUCAUCAUUUUCCACGCCCGGACGGAAGAUUCAGGAAACUACACCUGCAGCCCCUCCAAUCUAGACUCAGCAAGCGUCCUGCUACACGUUCUCAACGGGGAACACCCCGCCGCGAUGCAACGAGGCAAGAAUUCGGCUUCUCCCAUCCCCGCUUGGUCGCACCUCUCCAUGGGAAUUGGUCUCGCCGCUUGCACCCCACCAAGAUUCGCCAUCGCCGUGGCCCUCAGCUUAGCAGUUUUAGUAGAACUGUUAGCUACAUAAGCAUCCAACGUCCGAGUCGAAGCCCAAGGGCUCAUCCCGCUUACGGUCAUUGUUUCGGAGUUUUGUUACUUAUUUUUUAAUUAGAUUUUAUAACAAACAUCAAAACAAACAAAACGAAACUUGUACUAUAGCAAAAUUUUACAUUCUAGACGUACUCAUGACAUUUUUUAUACGUUAGGGUUUAUUUCGAGUUGUAGCUUACGAACGGAAAACCAGCCAUCGACCAAACACCUUGUACCGAAUUAUAUUCUAGAAUUAAUCUGAUAAGUGUAAGCAAGUCUUCUGUUAGUUUGAAGUAGAAUUUUGACAAAAAGAUUUAGCAUAUUCGUAACGACAAUCUAAUUUUUCGAUUUUAGUUUGUUGAGCAACUGUGAUACUAUGAGUUCGUCGUUAGGAUGAUUUUGUUCAAAACUGGUGGUUUAUGGUUGCUGGUUGUUUUCCAGUUCGAACAUUUUUUACUUAUUUUGUCAUAUAACAUACACGUAACUUCAGGAACUGUCCUCUUUCAUCUUACAUACCUACAUACAUAAUAUAAAUGUAAUUUUUAAUAAGAGAAUUUACUUCAUGUGUGAAGUGAGACUACACUACUUACUGUUGAACUUGCAGUGUUUUGUUUGUAAAUAUUCCAGGUUAUUCAGUGAAAAGGACACAUACUGAAAUGUGAGUUAAUUAAGCCUAAAAUUAAAGGUGUGAUUAAUUAGAUAAGUUAGUUAGUUAUAAAUGUAAAAUGAAUAUCAUUGCAGUUGUAUUUCUGAAAUGGGUGAAAGAGCUGAUGUAUAAAGUAUUUUUACUGUAAAAAUUUUGAUUAUCUGUUUAAUUGUUUUUAAAAACUCGAAUAUUCGUUUUGCAAUGCUGUAAAUCUUUCAUUUUAAUGUUGUAUAAAAAAGGUCUAGCGUUCAUAAUUCAAAUAAAAUGUAAAUGAUCCGCUGUUACUCAAAUCUGUGAAAUUAUUAGCCCUUAGGACUUACCUUUAUUUUAUAUCAAUUUUAUUGAUGUAUUUUAGGUAAGUACAGAAUGUAACCCAACUUUAUGUUGAA